AUUUCAUUUCAUUAAUCAUUUCAUUUGCUUGUGCAACGCAAGAUAAAGGAUUUGUCGUUCACGAAAAUUUUGAUAAAAUCGUAAAAAAAUUACUGUAAAUACAGUUCAGUGUUGUAGUUUAUUACAUUCAGCUUCUUCUGAUUUAACAGUGCUGCGAUAAAGAACAGUGAAUUUAAGUUAAUUUGGUCGUGAAACGUAUGGUGCAGUAAACUUUGCUCAAAAUGAAUAUUAACUCAAGAACACCCAAAACUACGCCUAUAACGGAUGAUUACGAUAUCUCCAACACGGUUCUCGGCCUUGGAAUUAACGGAAAAGUUGUAGAAUGCCACGAGAAACGCACGGGCAUGAAGCGAGCGCUGAAAGUUCUGCACGACAGCACCAAAGCGCGGCGGGAGGUGGAACUGCAUUGGAGAGCGAGCGGGUGCAUUCAUAUUGUUGAGAUCAUCGACGUAUACGACAACACAUACGGUGGCAAGCGAUGCCUGCUUGUUGUGAUGGAGUGCAUGGAUGGCGGAGAGCUGUUCCAAAGAAUACAAGACAACAGAGAGGGCGCCUUCACUGAAAGACAGGCUGCUGAGAUAAUGCACUCAAUAUGCGUAGCAGUCCGUCAUUUACACGACUCGAAUAUAGCACACCGCGACAUCAAACCUGAGAACCUUCUAUACACGAGUAUGGAACCCAACGCGAUACUCAAACUGACUGACUUCGGCUUCGCCAAGGAGACGCUCACACAGGCGGAUACCCUGCAGACUCCUUGCUAUACACCCUACUAUGUCGCACCAGAGGUGCUAGGUCCAGAAAAAUAUGACAAAUCGUGUGACAUAUGGUCAGUAGGUGUGGUCAUGUACAUUCUUCUCUGCGGAUUCCCUCCUUUCUACUCCAAUCACGGGCUGGCGAUAUCACCCGGUAUGAAAAAGCGUAUAAGACUAGGCCAGUACGAUUUCCCAGAGCCGGAAUGGUCUAACGUGUCCGCUGAAGCCAAAAACCUGAUUCGUGGCAUGUUGUCUGUUGACCCUGCUAAACGUUUGACAAUACAUCAGGUUAUGGCAAGUCCGUGGAUACGUCAAUACACCCAAGUGCCGCAAACUCCACUUUACACGCACACGUUGCUGCGCGACGCGGGCGAGGCGUGGGCGGACGUGCAGGACGAGAUGACGCGCUCGCUGGCCACGAUGCGAGUCGACUAUGACCAGGUGCAAAUAAAAGCGCUAGAGCAAAGCAACAAUUCGCUCCUCAACAAACGACGGAACAAAGUGGGUGCCUGAGAUGAAAGCAAGUAGUACUUAAUGAUAGACGCAACCUCACAAAUAUUUUAAUUAACGAGGACCGGUUACAACUAAGUUAGGCCCUUAUCAAAUUUUCUACUCUUUUUAUACAGGGUUUAUUAGAAUGCUAGCAAAUACGAUAACAUUAAGUAAGAUACCACAAAAAACGCGAAACAAAUAAAAAUAAACAAUUUUUUUUUAAAGUUUCCAAUGUAUUGCAAAUAAUACAUCUGACAGACGGUAAAGGUCGAUGAACGUUGCGUGGAUAGGUGCCGCGGGGUCAAUGCCGCGUCGUACGCGGGCAUUGUCUCCGAGAUUUGCAUGCUAUACAUUGCGGAUUUGAAAUUACUAAAACUAUGUAUAAGGCAAAUGGUUAUUGGUAUUGGAUUGUGUUUAGGUAGUAUAAUAAUAGCGCUAAGUUAUUGCUAGCGUUCUAAUAACGCCCUGUAUAUGGCUUAUACACAUGAUAGUCAGAAUUUAACGUGUAUAAGCAGAAUUCUAAGGGCCUUUUACUUAGUUUGUUAGCGUUGCCAACUUUUUAAAUAAAAUUAAAUGUAUGUUUACAAUUUAUGACCUUUAGUUUAUCGUAAUUUUGCGUACAAUAAUUGAUAAUUUAAAUGCUACUCCAGCAUUAAUUAGGUAGCUCGCGCAGUAAUAGUUCGUUCAAUUUCAGCGCUUGCUAGAAACCUUUGGCUUCGGCCACCUUCGGCCUGUUUUGGCCGAAGGUGGCCGAAACCGAAAGUUCGGUCGGACACUACUAGAAUUAUUUGAAAAACGUUUGACAUAGUACGCAUCGUACGAGUUUGGCAUCGUUUUUUGACAUGUCAAACAUGUAAAGUUCGUCAUGUAAGUUUGAUCUUUUACCGGUAGGUACCUACUAUGUAGUCAAUUGACGUUUAAAACAAAGUCCUUUAUAAUAUUUAGUUACAGUUAGUAUAACAAAGUUUGAUCGAAAUGACAUAAUAAGCAAAUUGAUAAAAGCACAUGUCAAGAAAGAAAGUACGGCGUUUUGCCAAGAGCGAUUACCGCACGACACGAUAAAAUGCGGUAACGACUCCGAGCGCCACAUUUUUCUAUAGACCGUGUAUAGUCGCACCGGCCGGUUAAGAGCUAAUAGCAAUAAAACUUU